AUGGGUUGUCUUAACUUCAGCGGAAAUGAGACUUUGCCUGGCAGGCACCCUUAUACUGUGCAGACCUCUGUGCCUUUAACAGUCCUGGUGGGUAUCCUCAUCCUGCUAACUGUGUUUGGCAAUGUCAUGGUAGUAAUUGCUGUGAUCACGAGCAGAGCCCUCAGAGCACCUCAGAACUUGUUUUUAGUCUCUCUGGCAUGUGCAGACAUCCUGGUUGCCACAUUAGUGAUGCCAUUCUCUUUAGCAAAUGAACUGAUGGGCUACUGGUACUUUGGUAAAGUGUGGUGUGAGAUCUACCUGGCUUUGGACGUGCUUUUCUGCACCUCGUCAAUCGUUCACCUGUGUGCCAUCAGCCUGGACAGAUACUGGUCUGUCACACAAGCGAUUGAGUACAACCUGAGGAGGACACCGCGCAGGAUCAAAUCCACAAUCUUUAUAGUUUGGGUGCUGGCGGCCAUCAUUUCAUUCCCUCCACUCAUCACAAUGAAAAAGGACGAGGGCAAAGUGGACAGCCCUGAAUGUAAAAUUAAUGAGGAGAAAUGGUACAUCAUUUUCUCCAGCACUGCCUCUUUCUUUGCACCCUGCGUCAUCAUGGUUAUGGUGUAUGUAAGAAUAUACCAGGUUGCCAAGAAGAGAACAAGAGCCCCGCCGGGUGAAAGGCAGAGAGAAUAUGGCAAUCAAGAAGACACAAAGUGUGGUUUGGACACCCUGGAGAGAGAAGACAGAGAAGAGAGGGAGGUGAUAGAAGGGGACGCUGGAGAGGUCAACGGGCUAGACGUGGAAGAAGAGCCCUCCUCUUCUGAUGGGAAUGACACCAUCCUAUGUUCCCUGAAGAAGAAGAGCAAUAUGAGAACGACCAAAGUGGCUCAUCUGAAGCCCGGGGAAACCUCUCCAAAGCCAGAGACGCAGCCCUGCGUGAGAACAAGCAAGUGGAAAGGAAGGCAGUACAGAGAGAGGCGCUUCACUUUUGUUCUGGCUGUGGUCAUGGGAGUGUUUGUUCUCUGCUGGUUCCCCUUUUUCUUCACAUACACACUCACUGCUGUGUGUGACAUCUGCUACGUCCCAGAGACAUUGUUCAAAAUGUUUUUCUGGUUUGGUUACUGCAACAGCUCGCUAAAUCCUGUUAUAUACACUAUAUUCAAUAAUGACUUCAGGAGGUCUUUUAAAAAAAUCCUUUGUAAAAAGAACAGAAGAGGUUUAUAA